CCUGUAAUGUGGCAGCACUGCGUUGCACCAAGGCAAUCUAAUUUUGUGUCAAAUUUGGAGUGCAUUUAAUAAAAAGUGUUGAUUUUUUUUAUAAAUAAACAUAAAUUGAAAUGGUGUAAAUAGGACGAGAAGAAGUUGCAUUUGUACCUAAAUAAGUGUCAGAUGCCUUCCAGUGAACCACAAUCGAUAAGAAUGGAGAGCGAAAAAGCAUGCAAUGAUGUCAGUAAAGAUCGGCCGGGAUCGAAUCAAGCCGCUGCAUCGUAUAAUGCCGCACAAGAGCUACAAGAGAUUCGCAAAUUGCUGUGGGGUUCGACCAUACGAGUAGAUGUGUUUCGUCGUUGGUCCCAAGGCUUUGAAUUUAGUGAUACUGAACCGUCUGCUUUGGUGCAGAAAGAGGGUGGACCAUGUGCUGUGAUAGCGCCCGUACAGGCAAACCUGUUGAAAAUUCUUAUAAUGGACACGCCAGGUCAUUUCCUUAAAGAUCUAACUGAGGAUAAAUGUCGACGCCUAUUAAUUCAGGCGAUAUGCGCUAUCCUAAGUAAGUGUUCCGCACAACGCUACAGAAUUGUCACGCUGCCACUGGAGACAUGUGCCGAGGCCAAAGAAGUAAAUGCUGCAAGCGACAUUCCAGAUGUGAAGCUCAGUGCUGCUGCUUUGGAAGAGGCUGUGACCCAAACUGCUGAUGCUAGCAUACCGUCGGCAACAUCGGUGCGUAUAGCAGAAGCUCGUGAAGUCUCUUCGGAUGCAUAUCAUGAGGGUCUGCACGUGCUGAACUUCGAGUCGAUUGAAGAAGUGGAGAAAUAUUAUUCGGAACACUGGCAGGUGCUCUCUGGCCAAUAUGGCUUACUGCUCUUCCUCUAUUCAGUGCUGCUCACUAAGAAUAUUGAAAAUGUUAUUUCGGAAUUGUCUGACACAUCUGAACCCCUGAUACACAACACCUAUGGAUAUGGUUCACAAGCGCUUAUCAACCUAAUGCUGACUGGACGUGCCGUAGCACAUGUCUGGGAUAAUGAUCAGGAUGUUGGCGGUUUGAAAUUGCGCGGCAUCAACGAGCAAAGCGAUAUUGGAUUUAUAACAUUAAUGGAGCAAAUGCGAUAUUGUACUGUGGGUUCAUUCUUUAAAAAUCCGAAAAAUCCUGUUUGGGUGAUGGGUUCUGAGACUCAUUUGACAGUUCUAUUCAGCAAUGAGAAGCGACUGGUGUCACCGGAGACGCCGUCUGAGUUGGCAAGACGAGUUUUCAAGUCGUACGAUCCAGAAGGCAAUAAUUUUAUACCAGCUGACGUCUUGCAAGAUGUCUUAGCCGCACUGGACUUGGUUAAUGAGCCUGAAUACGUGGAAAUCAUGCAAAAGCGACUCGAUCCUGAAGGGUUACACAUUAUUCUUCUAAAUGCAUUUAUGGAUGAAUUCUUCCCACAGGAAAAACGAUCAACCCCUGACACAUUCGACUUAAUGCACUACAACGGAAUACCAGGUUCAAAUGAGGGCAACAAGGUACGUUACUGUAAGGGGUCAGCUAUAUUACUUGAAAGUGAUCUAAAAUCUGUGUGCAUCUCAAAUCCGAUGCUCACUUGCUUGCAAACGAAGUGGCCAAAUAUUGAAAUUAAUUGGCAUGAUAUGCGGAUACCAUCGUUGAAUUGACGAUACAUAGUUAUAAGCCAACUUUGUAUGCAGUAGUGCAUAAAACACAAAAGUCGAAUCGCUAAUUUAAAGCAAAUAUGAUAUUGAUAUUCAGUUCCGCAAUUUACCAUCUCUAAUCCAUAGAAAAGCAGAGCAAUAGAUACGCUACAGCUAAUAUGGCACUAAAUUUGAAGUACUGCAAUUUUGAAAGACACAUCCAUAGCAGUAAACAGAAUAGCAUAUUUUUAAAAGCAAAACGAAAACUGUUUUUUGUUAUACAUACUAUAUUAUAUUUAACAUAUUUUUUCAGCACCUCUAAUGCUUUUUUAUCUCUAAUUCCUAUAUACUUUACUAAAAAAAUAUAUAUUUGCAAGGAAAAAUAUGAAAAAUAUAUUAUUGUUCCAGUAUACAUACAUACAAACAAACAUAAAUGCAAUAGAUUAGCGAUAUUUUAGGAACAGGUUUGUUGUUCUCGCAAUAAACUAAACACAUAGAAAACAAGGAGCAUACAAGCAAGCUUAUGCAUUCUAAAACAAUGAGAACAAAUACAUAAAUAUAAAUGUUACGCAAAGGCAAAACAAAUUAAUAGUUAAUACAUUUAACAGAAGUUUUAUUCGAUUAACUCUUAAACCACUAAUUGUAGUUCAUUAAAAUAAAUAACUACCAGUACACAACAAAGGAAAAGAUGCCUAAAUCACGCAUAUUAGCGUUUCAUGUUGAAAUAGGCACAAAACGAAAUCUUUUGAAAAUAAUAACAUACAAAUAUAGAAGGCAGCAUAGAAAAUUUCAAUAGAGGAAUGCAACACAUUAAAAACAAAAAACCAAAAGGAUUUUAUUGUCUUGCAAUUUUUCAAAAAAUACUCGAACGUUUGAAUCUAAAAUUUUCGAAACCCCGAUUGCCACAAAAGUUUACGCAAUAUCUAUUUAUACAUAUGUAGUAUUAUUUAUGAAGCUUCUUAUUCAGUUACUUAUUUAUGCAUGCAUGUCCCUUGUAUUAAAUUCCUCCAAUUUGACUUUUUAUUUAAUCGGUCAAUUUCUUAUACUAAAAAUAGAUUUUUCAGCGGUUAAAUUCCUUUUAUGGCCUUUAUAAUGCAAGUCGUCGAUAAACUGGUCGAUUUCGUUUUGCAUUCGUAACUAUAAAAUAAUAUAACUAUGUAUUGGUAUACAAUUUAAAAACAUUUACCCAAAUUAAAUAGAUGAACAUUUUGAAAAGUGUACGACAUAAAAGGUUUGCACAGUGAACAAAUAUCCAUUUAAUAAAACAAUUUGAACCAAGAAUGUUGUGCAUAUUAUCUAAGUCUUAAUUAAAUACAUGAAAAGUAAUAUAGAAAAUAAUAAAAAACACACACAUGAAA